AUGACACAUCGAAGUUACGUUCCUGUGGGUUCUCUGGAGCUUAUCGUUCUCACACUUUGGAUCAGUGCGAUGACACCCGAUCCUUCCUCAUCUUGUCCCUUUGAGAAUGCAGGGCCUUGGUUCUCAGCCCGUAUUUCAAGUGGCCCAGCACGCAGAG